AUGUGUCCUGUUGCCAUGGCAGCCAUGGGUCCUCUCCUCCCGUUUCUCCUCCUGCUGCUUCAUCUGGCUGAUGGCUCUUUCCCAGAGGAGCCCAGUCCACUCAGCUACGUCCCCCUGGAGGUGGUGAGGAGGUACCCGGUCUUCCUGGGCAGAGCUCAUCGUUCAGCCCAGAGACAAGAGCUGCACAUCCAGACGGUCCUCCAAGUCAACCGCACUCUCUACAUCGGAGCCAGAGAUGAUUUAUACCGAGUUGAGCUGGACAACAUGGCGGGUGAUGAGAUGUUCUACAGCAAGAAACGAACAUGGGAAUCUAACAAAAACGACAUCCGAGUGUGCCGGAUGAAGGGCAAACACGAGGGGGAGUGUCGCAACUUUGUGAAGGUCCUGCUGCGGCAGCACGGCGGUCUGUUUGUGUGCGGCACCAACGCCUUCAACCCGCUGUGCGCCAACUACACCAGAGACACCCUGGAGAUGGUGGGAGAGACCGUCAGCGGGAUGGCGCGCUGCCCGUACGACCCGCGCCACGCCAACGUGGCUCUAUUCGCAGAUGGAAGUCUUUUCACCGGCACCGUGACCGACUUCCUGGCCAUCGAUGCCGUGAUCUACCGCAGCCUGGGGGACAGCCCCGCCCUACGCACGGUCAAACACGACUCCAAGUGGUUCCGAGAGCCCUACUUUGUGAGCGCCAUGGAGUGGGGGCCUCAUAUUUAUUUUUUCUUCAGAGAAAUGGCAAUGGAGUUUCACCAUCUGGAGAAGGUGAUGGUGUCCCGUGUGGCCCGGGUCUGCAAGUCGGACCUGGGUGGCUCUCAGCGAGUCCUGGAGAAGCAGUGGACCACCUUCCUGAAGGCUCGGCUCAACUGCUCCGUCCCGGGAGACUCGCACUUUUACUUCAACCUCCUCCACGCCACCAGCGGCAUCAUCCGCAUGCGAGGCCGAGAUGUCAUCCUGGGUCUCUUCUCCACGCCCCCCAACAGCAUUCCCGGGUCUGCCGUGUGUGUGUUUGACAUGCAGCAGCUGGCCCAUGCCUUCGAGGGACGCUUCAAAGAGCAGAAAUCCCCAGAGUCCAUUUGGACUCCGGUACCAGACGAGGUAGUCCCUAGACCGAGACCUGGAGGAUGCGCGGUCCAGGGAUCCAGAUUUAGUACGUCCACCACGCUGCCAGACGAGGUAUUAAACUUUGUGAAAACCCACCCUCUGAUGGACGAGACGGUGCCGCUGCUGGGGCACAGACCGUGGGUGGUCAAGACAAUGGGACGGUACCAGUUGACGGCUAUGGUGGUGGACACAGAAGCCGGCCCCCACAGGAACCGUACAGUUCUGUUCCUGGGCUCCACCCGAGGGACCAUUCUCAAGUUCCUAAUGACUCCCAGUGAUCCGGUGUCCCACAGCAGUGUCUUCCUGGAGGAGGUGGAGGGUUUCAACCCGGACAAGUGUGGCGAGGACUCUGCUCAGGCUCGCCAGCUGCUGUCUCUGACCUUAGACCGCGCCAGUCACACGCUGCUGCUGGCCUUCCCCUCCUGUUUGGUGCGCGUGCCCACCUCCCGCUGCCACCUGCACGCCCGCUGCAUGAGGAGCUGCCUUGCCUCAAGAGAUCCGUACUGUGGUUGGACCAGAGGCAGCACCUGUGCUUUCCUCAGACCCGGAACCAGGCUCCCUUUCCAACAAGAUGUGGACUAUGGCAACACCACCUCCCGUUUAGGAGACUGUGAUGGCCUCCUCCAGCAGAGCCUUCUAAUAGAACCCGAGAGUCUGGUCUCCCUCAAUCUCCUGGUGGCCUCCGCGGUCUCAGCAUUCACCAUCGGGGCGGCGCUCUCAGGGCUGGCCGUCUGCUGGAUCAUGGCUCACAAGCCUGCCAACCGUCGCCAUGGCAACACCGCCCAGUCGUCUAUCCAGCGGCGUGAAAGGGGCCUACUAAGUGGCGCCGGCGGAAUGGGAGGCUCUGUGCUCAGCGUGACGCGCCAGGGAGGCGGCGAGCGCCCCUGCAAUCCGGGCGGGGAGACCCUGUUCGUGAUGCCCAACGGUUGGGUGAAAUCCGGCGAGCUAGACCCGGGUUUCCUCCCCACCCCGGAACACACGCCCCAGCAGAAACGCAGAGGCCUGCGCCUGUCUGACUCUAACUCUGGGGGAUGGGACACCAGCCAGACCUAUUUGGGGGGAGGCUCUGUGGGUCUGGGCUCCCCCUGUCGUAUCCCUUCCUCCGUCUACCUGACCACCCGACUGUUUCAGCAAGGGGGAGGCGGCCGGCACGGUGGCGAGGGCCGGGGCAUUGACACGCCCCGACAGCACUACGUCUGCUUAAGCAAGCAAGAGAAAGGAGUGAAGGGGACUCCCAAAGCCCCCCUGAGGAAGUCCGCGGGGGAAUAUGUGUACCCCAUGACGCCUCAGGACUCCCCUGAGCGCAGGAGGGUGGUCUCAGCACCCAGCGCCACCGUGGAGCACAGCGAGCCUCUGCCUUUGCGCUGGCCGGCCCAGGAAGGCUACAUCCUCAGCAGCCACGCCAUGGUACCCGUCCCCUUGCCCCCUCCCUCUAUGGCCGCCCCCAGCAGCCAGACAUACCAACAGCACACCCCGGCUCUGACCAGGGCUCUGUUGAGGGGGGCACUGGAGCGAGGGGAGCUUGGCGAGCUGAUGGACCUGAGCCUGCUCAUGAAGAAGAACUGCAACGACAGAACUCAGGCCGGGCACUGAUUGCCGAGGAAAUCAAGGGCCUGCACGGGGGCCGUUUCCACGUCUCUUUGCAUCGACUCGUCUUUAGCCUCACCCAACAUUCCCCCAGCCCUCUCAUCUCUGGACAUUGUAUUUCUUUAUCAUUGAAGCCUUGGUGAGGAUCUCGUUACGCCUGCCGGUUUUUUACUGGCUGGCACCAAUUGGUAAGACGGACGGCGGUCGUUGCUGCGGAGCUGCCUUGCCUGCAGGCCGAGAGAGGGGCCCAAGGACGAAGGAGAAGAAGGCCCUUCAUGGCUGAAGUGAAGCGAGACUAACGAAUACUAGCAACCUGAUGAAAGUCUUGGCGCACAACUUUUGAUCGGACAACUCUGUGUUUCUAAUGAGGUUUAAACAGUUUGGGGAUAAGUCUUGGCUGUGUCCAGGUGCAGAAGGUGUAGAAAGUCCAGUCCUGAAGACUCUGGAACCGCUGUGACAGAACUGUAUAAUAUAUUCCGUAGACUUAGGGAUGAGCUUUUGAAUACUUUGAUCAAUCUCUCUCAGAAUUUUACCAACUCCUGUUUUGGUGCCAAGACUGCAUCGACAGCACCUCUGCCUCUCUGUACUGCACUCAAAACUUUCGUUUUUUCCAGUGAGGUUCAGUUUGGGGACAUGCAUUGGCUGUGUCCAGAUGCAGAAUGUAUUGAAAGUCCAGUCUGGAAGACUCUGAAACCGCUGUGACAGAACUCUAUAAUAUAUUCCGUAGGCUUAGGGAUGAGCUUUUGAAUACUUUGAUCAAUCUCUCUCGGAAUGUUACCAACUCCUGUUUUGGUGCCAAGACUGCAUCGACAGCCCCAAUGCUGGCUACUGCCGAGUACUGCACUUACGACUUUUGAUUGGAUAACUCGGUGUUUCCAGAGAGGUUCAAAGAGUUUGGGGAGGGGUCUUGGCUGUGUCCAGGUGCAGAAUGUGUUGAAAGUCCAGUCUGGACAACUCUGAAACCGCUGCGACAGAACUCUAUAAUAUAUUCCGUAGGCUUAGGGAUGAGCUUUUGAAUACUUUGAUCAAUCUCUCUCGGAAUGUUACCAACUCCUGAUUUGGUGCCGAGACUGCAUCGACAGCACCUCUGCUAGCUACGGCAGAGUACAACUUUUGAUUGGAUAACUCGGUAUUUCCAGUGAGGUUCGAACAGUUUGGGACGGGUCUUGGCUGUGUCCAGGUGCAGAAUGUGUUGAAAGUCCAGUCUGGACGACUCUGAAACCGCUGCGACGGAAGUCUGUAAUAUAUUCCGUAGGCUUAGGGAUGAACUUUUGAAUACUUUGAUCAAACUCUCUCGGAAUGUUACCAACUCCUAAUUUGGUGCCAAGACUGCAUCGACAGCACCUCUGCUAGCUACGGCCGAGUACAACUUUUGAUUGGAUAACUCGGUAUUUCCAGUGAGGUUCGAACAGCUUGGGGACGGGUCUUGGCUGUGUCCAGGUGCAUAAUGUGUUGAAAGUCCAGUCUGGACGACUCUGAAACCGCUGUGACAGAACUCUAUAAUAUAUUCCGUAGGCUUAGGGAUGAGCUUUUGAAUACUUUGAUCAAUCUCUCUCGGAAUGUUACCAACUCCUGUUUUGGUGCCAAGACUGCAUCGACAGCCCCAAUGCUGGCUACGGCCGAGUACUGCACUUACGACUUUUGAUUGGAUAACUCGGUGUUUCCAGAGAGGUUCAAAGAGUUUGGGGACGGGUCUUGGCUGUGUCCAGGUGCAGAAUGUGUUGAAAGUCCAGUCUGGACAACUCUGAAACCGCUGCGACAGAACUCUAUAAUAUAUUCCGUAGGCUUAGGGAUGAGCUUUUGAAUACUUUGAUCAAUCUCUCUCGGAAUGUUACCAACUCCUGAGUUGGUGCCGAGACUGCAUCGACAGCACCUCUGCUAGCUACGGCAGAGUACAACUUUUGAUUGGAUAACUCGGUAUUUCCAGUGAGGUUCGAACAGUUUGGGGAUGGGUCUUGGCUGUGUCCAGGUGCAGAAUGUGUUGAAAGUCCAGUCUGGACGACUCUGAAACCGCUGCGACGGAAGUCUGUAAUAUAUUCCGUAGGCUUAGGGAUGAACUUUUGAAUACUUUGAUCAAACUCUCUCGGAAUGUUACCAACUCCUAAUUUGGUGCCAAGACUGCAUCGACAGCAUCUCUGCUAGCUACGGCCGAGUACAACUUUUGAUUGGAUAACUCGGUAUUUCCAGUGAGGUUCGAACAGCUUGGGGACGGGUCUUGGCUGUGUCCAGGUGCAUAAUGUGUUGAAAGUCCAGUCUGGACGACUCUGAAACCGCUGCGACGGAACUCUAUAAUAUAUUCCGUAGGCUUAGGGAUGAGCUUUUGAAUACUUUGAUUAAUCUCUCUCGGAAUGUUACCAACUCCUGAUUUGGUGCCAAGAUUGCAUCGACAGCAACUCUGCUGGCUCCGGCCGAGUACAACUUUUGAUUGGAUAACUCGGUAUUUCCAGUGAGGUUCGAACAGUUUGGGGACGGGUCUUGGCUGUGUCCAGGUGCAGAAUGUGUUGAAAGUCCCGUCUGGACGACUCUGAAACCGCUGCAACGGAACUCUAUAAUAUAUUCCGUAGGCUUAGGGAUGAACUUUUGAAUACUUUGAUCAAUCUCUCUCGGAAUGUUACCAACUCCUGAUUUGGUGCCAAGACUGCAUCGACAGCACCUCUGCUGGCUACGGCCGAGUACUGCAUCCAAUACCUACCGCGCCCAUCCCUAAUGGGUAAUAAGCCAUCCGUCGUUCCACACUUGUGGUGUGACGGCAAACCGGGUUUGGUGCAAGUCGUACAGAUCCUGGACAUCAAGGCUCGUACAAGACUCCUCAAAAGUCGUGGUUAGGAUUAACGGGAAACUAAAGGAAGAGGCUCAUCUGCUUCCUCUUAGUCCCACAUGUGACUAUGGUUAUUCUGUGCAAACAGGCGGCGUGUUAAAUGCCUCUGAUAGUCCACGUUAGGCAGGCAGGGUCGUAACUCUUCAGACAGGGGAGCGCAAGAAUGAAAUGUCAGCAGUAUUCCUGCCGGCUGCAUGCACUCUGUAACGACCAACUCCGUCUUCCGAUGCUCUCGUACGACUUAAUGGCCCCUAACUCCACCAGGAAGUCCCCGGAAAGGUUUUUGCACCAGAAAAUCAAGAAAGGGGGAAUUGGGAAUGCCUCGUCUUUUCCCCAUACAUAUUUAGUCCAGUUGUCCAAUUAAACGCCGUCAAGCUCAAACUCGGCCUUGAGUUCCCAACCUGUGUUUGGAGUCGGAAACUCCAAAGCCAACGGGUUUGAUGCAAAUGGCGCCAUGAGUCCGAGGCGUCACGGGAGUCAGCAUUUAAAACCAGCGUAACGUGGAGCGACGACGACAAUGUGCUUUGUUACGACAGGUGUGCUUUGUGGCGUGCACCAGUCCUGUGGUUCAUGUACCUAGUCCGGUUCCCCCAUUGUUUUGAUGCGGUCAUUGGAACUAUGAAUGUCAAAUACAAACAAACUGUUUAUAAAGGUAAGCCGUUAUAAAUCCUCCGUCCCCUAAACUCUACAAUAUUCCAAAUCAAAUAGUUUUUUUUACUGAUUUCACUGGAUUUUAAAGAAACUUUAAUCCAGGGGACAACAGCUCCAGCAGAGACCCCCAGACUUCCCUCUCCAGAGCAACAUUACCAACUUCCUCUUGGGGAAUCCCGGAAGCGUUCCCAGGCCAGAGAGGAGAAGUAAUCCCCCCAUCUGGUCCUUGGCCUGCCGCGGGGUCUCCUCUCAGUGGGAAAUGCAACGAGGACCUCCCUAGGGAGACGCUGGUGAGGCAUCUGUACGAGAUGCCCGAACCACCUAAGCUGGCUCCUUUUAUUUUAUUUUAUAUGUUUAAUACAAUUGCUAAAAUAAAUAAAUAAAUUACAAACCCUUUCUCAGUCACAUCAUGGGGUAUUGUCUGCACAAUUUUGAGGGCAAAAAUGAAUUUGUAAUAACAUUAUAUUUUUAUUUGUAUAUUCCAUUUUGGAAUAAGGCUGUAACAAAACAAAAUGUGGAACAAGUGAAGCGCUGUGAAUACUUUGAGGAUGCUCUGUAUGGACCGGACUGGCAGUCCUCACUGGAGGUGUGAUUGACUCGCGGUUACCCAUGCCCCCGUACCCCCGGUCCGUAGAUUUCUGGUAACGUGGACCCCAAAACAGUUCUGGAGUUGAAUAUCCCUGGCUUGCACUAAAACACUGUCCCCCUAGUCUGCAGCUCUCUGGAAAUGUGGCCAGCGAAACACUUCUGGAGUUCAAUAUCCCUGGCUUACACCAAGAUAUAAGCCCUCCGGUCGUAGCUUUCUGGUAACGUGGCCCCCAAAACACUUAAGUUGAAUAUCCCUGGCUGACACUUAGAACACCGGCCCCGACCCCCCCCCCCCGGUCUGUAGCUUUCUGGUAAUGUGGCCCCCAAAACACUUCUGGAGUUGAAUAUCCCUGGCUUACACUAAGAACAUCGGCCCCCCCCCCCGGUCCGUAGCUGUCUGGUAAUGUGGCCCCCAAAACAGUUGAGUUGAAUAUCCCUGGCUUACACUACGAACAUCAUCCCCCCGGUCCGCAGCUUUCUGGUAAUGUGGCCCCCAAAACACUUCUGGAGUUCAAUAUCCCUGGCUUACACUAAGAUAUAAGCCCCCCGGUCGUAGCUUUCUGGUAAUGUGGCCCCCAAAACACUUCUGGAGUUCAAUAUCCCUGGCUUGAA